AAAAAGGGCAAACAAGCAUCACCAUAUCCCAUAUCUUUCCUAUUGACGGGCUGUUGUCUUUUGCUUUCUUCUCUAUUUUUUUUUUCGGACAUCUGCGUAGAUGCCCCCCGACGCGAACGAGUUCGUCCCCGGCACAGUCCGGCUAGUCGAUGUAGACGAGCAAGCCGGUAAAGAUAUCGUGUUGGUUCCCAGCCCGAGCACUGACCCCGAGGAUCCCCUUAAUUGGACCAGAAACCGCAAGAUUCUUGCUCUAUCCAUGGUCUAUUUAUAUAAUCUCGCUAUGGGUAUCCCGACCUCCCUGCAGUACUCACUUCUCUCGGACAUUACACGCGAUACAGGCAUCGAUACGGCCACCCUAGUUCAAGGCAAUGGCCUUAUGAUCCUAUUCUUUGGCUGGGGGCCUGCGUUAAUCUGGCAGCCGCUGGCCCUGACUUAUGGCCGUCGUGGUGUAUAUCUCCUAUCAACGCUACUGGUUGUGCCUAUGGCCAUGUGGACCGCAUAUUCCAGUACUGUGGGCGAAUGGUAUGCGCACCGUGUACUUAUCGGCAUUAUUGCAUCCCCUUUCGAAGCAUUACCUGAAGUCACGAUCUUUGAUCUCUUUUUCGCUCACGAACGUGGAGCAUUUACGAGUGUCUAUACCUUUGUCCUAUUUGGGUCUACGUUUAUCGCCCCCCUGGUGGCUGGAUGGUUCAAUGAUGCAUACGGCUGGCGCUGGACCAUGCAAUUUGGAGCCAUUUUCGCAGCAUUCUGCUUCGUGGUCUUAUUCCUGUUCCUCGAAGAAACUAUCUACUUCCGAGACUCCGUCGAAGGCGAGAACACGAGUAACUUGAAGCCGUCCGGGGCAUCUGACGAUGAAGAAAGACGGUCCCCUUCCUCGCCAACACCGGUCCUAAAAAAUCAUCAAAGCUGGGAAGAAGACAUUACUGCUUCUGGCACGAUAUCCCAAGUACCACCACCUCCCAAUCCCGAGCCCAUCCCGGACAUAACUCCUGAGAACAGCCCUAAAGGCUUCCUCCACCUCGCCAAAAGCUUCAAGUUUUUCACUGCGCUCGCCAACCGCCCCAGCAACAUGGACAUGAUCCGCAUGAUCUACUACCCAGUUAUCUUUAUAUUCCAGUUCCCUACCGUCCUCUGGUCUGGAUUCCUUUACGGAAUCAACCUGGCCUGGUAUAAUGUGCUGAACGGUACAACCAGCCCUGUGCUCAGUGCACCUCCCUACAAUUGGUCAGCCGCCCUUGUUGGCUGUGUAUAUACAGGCCCUAUCAUCGGCGCCGCCCUCGCCGCAGCCUGGUGCGGGCCAGGUGCGGACUACUUUGCGCUUGCUCUUGCCCGGCGUAAUGGUGGCAUCCGCGAGCCCGAGCACCGGCUCUGGCCACUCCUAGUCUCAGGGGUCAUCUCAGCAGCAGGGUUAAUUCUAUGGGGCGUAGGCGCGCACCAUAAUAUCCACUGGAUAGGCCUUGUAUUCGGGCUGGCAUUGAUGACAUUUGGAACCGUCACGGGCGGUGCCAUCGCGAUAUCAUAUAAUGUCGACUGUCUGAAGGAAAUCGGCGGCGAGUCGACGGUAUCGGUGAUGAUGAUGCGUAAUACGAUUGGGUUUGGUUUCAGCUAUGCAAUUACGCCUUGGUAUACGAGUAUGGGUUUGCAGAAUUGUUUUAUCAUGGCUGGGAUUAUGUCCCUGGUCUGCACGUCGACGUUUCUUAUUAUGGUUAGGUAUGGGAAGACUCUGCGGAGAAGGUCUACUAAGAGGUAUCUGGAGUAUAUCUCCAAGGUUCCGGUGAAUAUGUCUUGAUUUGUAUAUGUAGGCAUUCCUGGCUAUGCAGGAGGCUAGCCUUUGCUCUAUACCGGUCAGGAUAUAAAUUGAAUUCCGAGCCCGAAUAUCCUACCUAGAAUUGGAAUAUGCCCGUCAAUGUAUUUCCCUCAAUCAUUGAAGCUAUCAUUAUACGAAGAAAC